AUGGAGCUCAGCUGCACACACAGCGGGAAGGAUAGACUGGCCGCUUUGAAGGCUAAGGACAAGGAGCAGGGGGCAGAGUCUGCAACGCCUGAACUGAACUCUGAGGUUCUCUUUCUAUGCAGCUACGAAGGAUGUGGGAAAACAUUUUUUGAUGCAGGGGCUCUUAGGAAGCAUGCUCAUGUUCAUGGGGAGAGGCAAUAUAUCUGUCACUAUGAGAACUGUGGCAAGAAAUUCUUAGAUAGCUCUAAGUUGAAAAGGCAUUUUCUUAUCCAUACAGGAGAAAAGAAUUUUGUGUGCCCACAUGAAGGUUGUGGAAAGGCUUUUUCGUUGGAUUUUAAUUUAAAGGCACACAUGAAAACACAUUCUGCGGAUAACUAUCAUGUGUGCCAGUACCCAGAAUGUGGCCGAAGAUUUACACAAGAAUCAAAAUUAAGAGCUCAUAUCAGGCAACAACAUGAGAAAGCUGUUGGCCUGCAGAAUCCAGGUGCGUCCACAAUGAACCACAGUGCAAUUGGAGAUCCACACCAGCCCCCUAAGCCAGCAAAGGUCUCAGCAACGCCUCCAGCUCCCUCAGCUGAGCGCCCUUACGUCUGCCCCUACGAUGGUUGCGACAAGGCAUACAUCCACGAGUACAAGCUGAACCUCCAUUUGAAAAAAGAACACCCCAACCACUACCAGGAUGGUGGCCCACAAGGCGCUGCCUCUUCAAAGCGCAGCAUCUCAAAGAGUUCCCACAGGAGCAAGCCAGACAUCACCACUAGGAUGCCACCGGCCAAGAUCCCCAAGCACAAAGGAGGGUACGCAGCGCCGUCGCCAGCUGUGAACCUCCCUGAGGAGCAGCAGUGGCCGAGGAAAGUGAUGUACGAGGAUGACAGCGAGGAGACCGAGGAAGAGGCAGGCAACAAUGUCGAGGAUAGAUGGAACUACAACAGAGCUGCUAGCAGCGACGACGAGGAAACCGAAGACGAAGAAUGA